AUGGCUUCUGAUUCCAAUUCCGAUUCCCCACCACCACCAGAUUCAUCACCCCCACCCCCACCACCGCCGGACAAUUCAUCUCCUCCCCCACCGUCACAGGACAAUUCACCACCUCCUCCCUCGUCAAGCGAUAAGAAAUCUCCGCCCCCGCCGUCUAAUUCAUCUCCAUCUCCACCUCCGCCACCACCACCACCACCUCCUCCUCCUGAUAAGAAAUCAGGUAACCGCGAGUCACCGCCGCCCCCACAUUCUGGCCAUCAUUUUUCUCCUCCUCCACCUUCAAAGAACCGGAUGUCUUCACCCAAGUCAUCAUCUUCAAGCUCGUCAGGAGACAGUGGGAGCCAAUCAUUGAGCACGCCAAUUAUAAUAGUAAUCGCAGCAGCAGCUGUGAUUUUUCUCCUUCUCCUUCUCAUGGUCAUCUUUGCGUGUAUAAAAAGAAAAAAGAAAUCUCAGUUACCCAUUGAUUACUACCAUAAUCAACCUGAUGAUGGGUUUCACAAAAGCGAGUUUGGGUACAACACCAAUAAGGUUGAGCACGUUAUGCAUAUUCCUCCAUAUCCAGUUCCAGUUGGAGGUUGGUCAGCAACCCAGGGUGUUAGUUCUGACAUGAGCACUGCCAGUUACUCUGGGCCCCAUGGUCCCGUUUUGCCACCUCCGCACCCCACGGUGGCUCUCGGAUUCAACCAAAGCUCCUUCACUUUCGAGGAGCUCUCGGCUGCCACUGCUGGCUUUAGCCAACACAACCUGCUGGGCCAGGGUGGCUUCGGAUUCGUCCACAAAGGUGUUCUACCCAAUGGCAAGGAAAUUGCAGUGAAGAGCCUCAAAUCCACUAAUGGCCAAGGAGACAGAGAAUUCCAAGCUGAGGUUGACAUCAUCAGCCGCGUCCACCAUCGCCAUCUCGUCUCUCUCGUCGGCUAUUGCAUCUCACAAUCCAACAAGCUCCUCGUUUAUGAGUUUGUGCCUAACAAUACCCUCGAAUACCACCUUCAUCGAAAGGGUCAACCUGUGAUGGAUUGGAAUACCAGGCUAAAAAUUGCGAUCGGAUCGGCUAAAGGACUUGCUUAUUUACAUGAGGAUUGUCACCCUCGUAUCAUUCACCGAGACGUAAAGGGUGCAAACAUUCUACUUGAAAACAACUUCGAAGCCAAAGUGGCAGAUUUUGGGUUGGCAAAGAUUAGUCAAGACACUUCCACUCGUGUAAUGGGAACAUUCGGGUAUUUGGCUCCAGAGUAUGCAUCAACCGGUAAGCUAACUGACAAAUCUGAUGUGUUCUCGUUCGGUAUUAUGCUUUUGGAGCUCAUAACAGGUCGGGAACCUGUGGACAACACUGGGGAAUUUGAAGAUAGUUUGGCCGACUGGGCUAGACCACUCUGUACAAAGGCAAUGGAGGAUGGAAGUUUUGAAGGGCUUGUGGAUCCACGUUUAGAGGGUAAUUAUGACGAGCGCCAAAUGUCAUGUAUGGUGGCUUGUGCUGCAUUUAGCGUAAGGUACUCGGCAAAGAAGCGACCGAAAAUGAGUCAGAUUGUGAGAGUGCUGGAGGGUGAUGUGUCAGUAGAAGUGCUUGGUUACGAGGGAGUGAAACCUGGGUUCGGCGGCGAAAGCGGGGAAUAUAAAGCUGACAUGAUGAAGUUCAGGAAACUAGCAUUAGAAGAGAGUGGCAGUGAACAAUCAUCUGCUGAAUAUGGCAAUGCCGGCAGGAGGGUAGGAGCCCGAAUGCACACUCCUUAA